UUUGCAGACAUCCCCACCAUCAACCCCAUCUCCACCACCACCACCAUCAACCCCAUCGCCACCACCACCACCAUCAACCCCAUCUCCACCACCACCACCAUCAACCCCAUCGCCACCACCACCACCAUCAACCCCAUCGCCACCACCACCACCGCCACCACCACCACCAUCACCACCACCACCACCACCACCAUCAACCCCAUCACCACCACCACCACCACCACCACCAUCACCACUGCAGCACCACCGACGAGCAAGUCAACCACACUUGCUACACAGCCCACUGGGAAAACCACCGACAACUCGGCACAGGGUCAAACCACAACACCCCAGAACCCCACAACGUCGUCUCCAGCUCCACCCACGACGUCGCCACUUCAACCCCACUUCAACAGCACUACUGAGGCUCCAACGACCAACCCCACGUCCAACGAGACAGAUUCCACCGGCUUGACACUCCCACCAACAACAACAGGAUUACCAAACGUCACUGUGGAAACCACUGUUAAUUCAACCAGUCCAGCCGAUUUACACGACUGGGGAAAUGACAGCUUUGUGAAGAACCCCGGCCUCGUGGCCAUCCUCUGCAUCUUCUGCAUCAUCCUGGUGCUCACGGUGGUGGUCUUCAUCAUGAAAUGUUUCAAAUCGUCGAGGUCCAACUUUGAGAGGCUCGACGGUGUGCCAUUGAACAAAGUCAGCGAGCAGUCUCCGUUUGCUCAUUACUCCAAGUGAGGGAGGAGAUUUCAGUCGCCGAAGUUCAGGAGGAUCGUGGUCUGAUGCUUUUAGACAUGGAAGCAGCUGGGACUCCAACUCUAGGCACACAAGAAAAAACAACAACGAUGCUUCUAUAUGUUUCUGGUCAAGCUCAAACUUGUUUUCAAAAAGCACUUUUUUCUGCUUAUCUGCUUAUCAUUUAAUUCGUUCUUUUCUGCCUCAAAGGUGAAAAUGCUAAUGUAAUGUCUUCCAAACUGGUGCUUUACCGUAUGUCCAAAGCACUUCAGGUAUUGCUACUAAAAGUACAUUAUUUUGUGUUUAAAUAAUAAUUAUAAUUAUAAUCCUUUGGACAUCAACAGGCGGUGGUGCAAUUGGAUUUUGGCUAAACAUACAAAUUUGUUCAAUUGAGUCCAGUCUAACUGUCAUUUUAACCAAUUAUAUGCUUUCUGACUUCAUGAAAUAAACGUUUACGGACCCUAAACGA